UGUUUGCCCCUCUCUCUGCCGGUUCACUACAAUAACAAGGAAGCUGCAGACAGCGUUUGGUUUGGUUUGUGUCGAAUAAAGACCCUGUCCACUGCUCCGUUUUUGUGUAGAAGCUGUCAGUGUAGGUAAUAUGUCUGUCCCAUUGUGAAGGACACGGUUAGUUAGCUGCUGACAGACUGUACUUGCUGCUGUUUGAGCCACAGACUGAAGAGGAAGAAGAAUGGCAGACGAAGCUCCUCUUCAGUUUUUACAUUACGAAGUCAUUCAGUACAUUUACAAGUCAGCUGAAAACGGAGAGACGGAUAAUGGAAGAAACAUCACCAAACUGGAAAAUAUGGGUUUUAGAGUCGGCCAAGGGCUAAUAGAAAGACUGACCAAAGACACAGCACGGUUCAAAGACGAGCUGGACGUCAUGAAGUUCGUCUGUAAAGACUUCUGGACCUGUGUGUUCAAGAAGCAAAUUGACAACCUUCGAACCAAUCACCAGGGCAUCUAUGUUCUCCAGGACAACAAGUUCCAACUACUGAAUCAGCUGUCAGUGGGGAAACAGUAUCUGGAACAAGCCCCGAAGUAUCUGGCCUUCACCUGUGGUCUAGUGAGAGGAGCUCUGGCCAACCUCGGUGUGAAGAGUAUUGUGACAGCUGAGGUGUCCGUGAUGCCUGCAUGUAAAUUCCAGGUCAUGAUCCAGAAAAUGUAGCAACUAGCAGAUGCCACAGUUACUCUGCACUCUCUUUGCCUUCAUAUAUACUUGAGUUUUUGUCAUGAAAGGGAAAUGCAUGUCAUCUUCAGCAGUACAGCAAAUGUUGUCUCUCCACGACACUGGGGAUUGCAGUGAUAAUUGGCAAAAGAUUUGUCUUCCAGUGCCCAAAGCACAUUUUAUUUUGUAUUGUAUGAUCAGUCAGUGUUAUCUCCUUUAAAAGAUUAUUUUCUCAUUGUGUGACUGAGAAUUGUCAUUAUGAAAGUGCUUAGGCGCCCUCUAGCGGUAAACUGCACAAUGUCAUUUUGAGUUGAUGCACAGUAUGUAAAAAUAAUUAAAAUAUAUUGAGAAUUGUCAAUAAUUUUUGUUAGGAUUUAUGAAUAUUUUAAAAAAUACAUGCUUGUUGUCUCAGCCUUACUAGUUAAUCUGUUAUUAUUAGAGCUUUUCAGAAACCUGAUAAUGUUUUAGCAAUUCAUAAAAAAAUAACAGACCAAAAAGAAAUGAAAAAAUAAGCAUGCGGAAAUGAGGAUAGCAUAUCUACAUUUCUUUACAAUUCAAUUAAACAAACAAAUGUGAUGUAAGAGAAAUAGUGCUCGCUCACCACAAGGCAGAGGCUCUGAUUAUGCUCUCCUGUUAAAGCAUGGCAAUGUGUAAACUAUUUCUGGAAAUGUUUUUUUUGUUCUGAUUAAACUUUGAACUUUGAGUAAUCGUAUGUA